GUUGAAAUGCCGUCAAGUUCAGGUUACAUUGAACACCAGGAAGAAACUAAUGACCUACAUAAAGGUAGCAGAUCUAUAGAAAUUGGAUUGUCCCAAAAUGAGUAAUUUGAGGAUUGUUCUGUUAGGAAAGAAUCAAUCAGAAAACAGCCAAUUGGGAAACAAUAUUUUGGAUACAACAGCAUUUUACAGUGAAGCUCCAUCUUAUUUGCAGCAGCACAGUGUGAGAAUCAGUGGAGAGGUGGAGGAGAGACACAUUACAGUCACCAACACUCACCUGCUCCAGCCACAUCUCUCACAGCAACAGUUAAUACAGGGAGUGAAAGAGUGUGUGUCUCUGUCUGCUCCAGGACCUCAUGUGAUUGUACUCAUACUGCAGUAUAAAGACUUUAGUGAGAAUGACAAACAGACAGUGAAAUAUGUGCUGAACUGCUUCAGUUACCAGGCCAUUAAACACACUAUAGUGGUGACUAGUGAUGAAGAGCCACGUGGAUACAUAUUUACUUCUAGGAAUAAUGCUGUUCAUGAUUUAAUAAAGGAGUGUGGAGGACGACAUCUUCAGUUUGAUACAGGAAACCCAGGAUGGCGAUCAGAGUUGUUCAGAAAGACAGAGGAGAUACUCAAGAAAGAACAUGGAGAAUUUGUUAUUGGUAACAUGUAUGAGGAUGGAGGUAAUGGAUCAUCAGUGGAUGAAGAUCCGAGCAGAUCUGGUGGUUCAGUCAGAGGAGACAACGAAGAGGAGGAUUCUUAUCUCAAAGAGAGCACAAAAACAGAACAUGAUGGAGGAGAGACACUGUUGAAGGCACCAAUGGAAAAACUGUGGAACUCAUUACAUACGUGGUUUCGGUCACAAGAUUCAAGAGAUAGAGAAGAUGAUCUGAGGAUUGUGCUGCUGGGUAAAACUGGAGUUGGGAAAAGUUCCACUGGAAACACCAUCUUAGGAAGAGAAGCUUUUAUAUCAGACAUUUCUGAAAAAUCUGUUACUAAAGUGUGUCAGAAAAAUACAGUUGAAAUCAACAGCAGACACAUUACUGUGAUCGACACUCCAGGACUGUUCGAUACUGAUCUGACUAAUGAGGCGAUCCAGAGAGAAAUCGGCAGCUGCAUCUCCAUGAUUCUGCCUGGACCACAUGUGUUCUUCAUUGUGAUCAAUUUGGGACAACGAUUCACUCAAGAAGAGAAAACAUCAGUGAAGAUCAUCCAAGAGACGUUUGGUGAAAACUCUUUAAAGUACACCAUGGUGCUCUUCACCAGAGGAGAUGAUCUAAAUGGCAAAACCAUAGAACAGUAUUUGGGAAACCCUGGAUCUGCUUUGAAUCAGCUGAUUGAAUUGUGUGGAAACAGAUUCCAUGUGUUCAAUAAUAAAGACACUGGAGACCAAACACAGGUGACUGAUCUACUGCAGAAGAUAGACAACAUGGUGAAAGCAAACGGAGGGAGUUACUACUCAUGUAAGAUGUUCAGAGAGAUGGAAAGACAAAAACAAGAAAAACAAAAAAAGAUACUGAUGGAGAAAGUGGAGCAAGUGUUCAGAGAAAGAGAAGAACUGAUGAACAAACAUGAAAAAGAGAAAAAGAAGAUGAAGAUGAAGAUUGAGGAAGAAAGACAGAAUCAUGAGAAAGAGAGAAAGAGAAAAGAACAUGAAUUUACUGAGAGAGAAGAACAAUAUAAAAGAGACAUUAAAGAAAGAGAGGAUCAAGAGAGGAAGAUACGAGAAGAGCUGAAGAGAGAAAAAGAGGAGAUGAAGCGAGAACGAGAGGAAUGGGAGAAACAGAAACAACAGGAACGACAAAGAAGAGAAGAAGAGGAGGAGAAAUGGAGAAAGAAAGUACAGGAAAAGUGGGAUGAAUAUAAUCAGAUACUUACAAAAGAGAGAAAGAGAAUGGAAAGAGAGAAAGAAGAUCUCCAAUCCAAACAUGAAGAAGAGAAAAAGCGAAUUAAGACAAUGAUGGAUGAAGAAAGACAGACUCAUGAUAAAGAUAGAAAGAGAAGAGAAGAGGAAUUUAGGGAGAGAGAAGAACAAUAUAAAACUGAGAUGAAAAGAGAUCGAGAGGAAUGGGAGAGACAGAAACAAGAAGCAAGACAAAGAAGAGAUGAAGAGGAGGACAGAAGAAGAAAGAUAGAACAGGAAACAUGGGAUGAAUAUUAUCAGAAACUUAAACAAGAGCGAGAAAGAAGACAGAGAGAGAGAGAAGAUCUUCAGUUCAAACACCAAGAAGAGAGAGAUAGAAUGAUGAUGAUGAUGGAGGAAGAAAGACAGAAUCAUGAGAAACAGAAAAAGAAAAGAGAAGAUGAAUAUAUAGAAAGAGAAGAACAAUAUAAAAGAGACAUUAUAGACAUAGAAGAACAAGAGAGAAAGAUAAGAGAAGAGCUGAAAAGAGAACAAGAAGAAUGGGAUAAUCAGAAACAACAGGAAAGUCAAAGAGAAGAAGAGGAAGAAAGACAUAUAUUUAAUGAACUUAACACAGAAACUUCUGAGGAUGAUGAAGAUUCAUCAUCAGAUUCAGGAUGUUUGAGAAUCUUGCUGUUUGGGAGAACAGGAAGUGGAAAGUCGGCCACAGGAAACACUAUCCUCGGAAACGAUGGGUUCCACGAUGAAUCCAGUUCUCAGAUAGUUACCACUGUUUGUCAGAAGGAAGUUUGUGAAGUUGAUGGCCAAUCAGUAGCUGUUAUUGAUACUCCAGGACUCUUUGACACAACACUAAAAAAAGAACAAGUGCAGGAAGAAAUAAUGAACUGUAUUUCACUGUCAGCACCUGGACCACAUGCGAUCAUCAUUGUGCUGAGUGUGGGAAAAAUUACUCCAGAGGAGAAAGACACUUUAGACAUGAUCAAGAUGAUCUUUGGUCCAAAAGCAGCAGAUUUCUGCAUUGUUCUCUUCACUAGAGGAGAUGAACUGAAAAAACAAACAAUUAACCAAUAUUUAGAGAGAAGUAAAGAUGAUGAACUUAAGAAACUGAUCAGUGACUGUGGAAACAGAUUCCUGGCUUUUAGCAACACAGAAACACAAGAUCAGACUCAAGUUACUCAGCUGGUAGAUAUGAUAGAAGAAAUGAAUCAGGGCCGACAUUUUACCAAUGAAAUGUUUGAGGAGGCAGCGAUCUCUAUUGAACAGAUAGAGAACACACAGGAAUUGAUAAAUGAGAAUGAAAGACAAAAUCAGACUCAAGUUAAAGAAUUAAAAGCCAAAUAUGACAUGACAUUUGAAAGAAUGAAAAAGAGACUAGAGGAAAAAAAACCAAAGGACAGUUGAGGAAAAAGAGAGGCUGAAGAAGAAGUUCAGAGAACAAGAGGAAACACUCAGAAGAGAGUUUAAGGAGAAAGAAAAAUCAGAGCAGGAGAAACGAGAGAC